AUGGUCGGUGCUGGGGGUAUUGGAUGCGAGCUCCUCAAAAACUUGGUUCUUACGGGAUUUGGAGAGAUCCACAUUGUCGAUCUGGAUACGAUAGAUCUUAGCAAUCUCAACAGGCAGUUCCUCUUUGGGAUGCAGCACAUAAAAAAGUCGAAAGCAAUGGUCGCAAAAGAGACGGCUGGGAAAUUCAAUCCCAAUGUCAAGCUAGAAGCACACCAUGCGAACAUCAAAGAUCACAAUUUUAACGUCAAGUGGUUCAAAACUUUCGAUGUCGUUUUCAAUGCGCUGGAUAAUCUGGAUGCAAGGAGGCAUGUUAACAAAAUGUGUCUCGCAGCUGAUGUUCCGCUCAUCGAGAGCGGAACCACAGGCUUUAAUGGUCAGGUACAGGUUAUCAAACAAAGAACAACCGAGUGCUACGACUGCACCCAUAAACCAAUUCCCAAGAGCUUCCCGGUUUGCACAAUCCGAAGCACGCCUAGCCAGCCCAUUCACUGCAUCGUUUGGGCUAAAAGUUAUCUUUUUGUUGAAAUUUUUGGAACUUCUGAAGAAAGCUCACCAGAGGUCGAUCCAAGUGAGAAUGACGAGAAUGCCAAGGAAAUAGCCAACCUCAAACGUGAAGCUGAGGAAUUGAAGAAUAUCCGAGAAAAGAUGGCCUCUCCUGAUUUUGCUGCCACUAUCUUCGGCAAGGUUUUUGCAGCUGACAUUGAUCGUCUCCGAUCAAUGGAAGAUAUGUGGAAAUCUCGCAAGCCUCCCAAAGCUCUCGACUACACACAAAUAUCUGAGGAGGCCGAGAAGAUCGAUAAUAGUGUUGCGAAAAAUGACCAAAAAGUUUGGACGCUGGCUGAAAACUACGUAGUCUUUGCAGAUAGUCUUCAGAGAUUGGCUAAGAGGAUGCUGGAACUGAAGGCAUCUGUGAAGGAUGGCGAGGCAGCUCCAAUUCUAGCAUUUGACAAGGAUGAUGAAGACACACUGGACUUUGUCGCUGCAAGCGCAAAUUUGAGGAGUUUGAUCUUUGGGAUUGAUUCAAAAUCGAAGUUUGAUAUUAAACAAAUGGCGGGAAAUAUCAUCCCGGCUAUUGCAACAACAAACGCUAUAACUGCUGGUCUAUGUGUACUACAGGCUUUUAAAGUGCUUCGCGAGGACUACAAGACAGCAAGAAUGGUAUUUCUCUCCCGCUCUGCCGACCGUGCAUUCAGUAGCGAGAAACUUUCCCCCCCAAACCCCAAUUGCGAAGUCUGUAGUGUGGCCAGGAUUACCAUUGAAGCAGACGUUUCCCGCGCUACAAUCGGUGAUCUUGUCGACAAGGUUCUCCGUGAACAGCUUGGCUACGGCGAGGAGCUAUCUCUACUAACUAAGGAGCUCCUCUACGAUGCCGAUUAUGAUGAUAACAAAGACACACCCUUGUCAGAGAUUGGUUUCGGAGAGGAAACUUUCGUUACUAUUGUCGACGAUGAUGAGGAGGAACCAAGGAUUAACCUAGUUAUUGUUGUGACCAACACCGCUCUUCCAGCUGACGGAAACGGGGAUGGAACAAACGGUCUCGCCAAUGGUCUCAAACGGAGCCACGAAGAUCUUAUUCUCGCUGCUGGCGGUGAAGGGGCGAAUGGGAAUGGGAACGAACCCGAACAAAAGAAGAGAAAGGAUGGUGAUAUUAUAGUUUUGGAUGAUGAUGGGUUCAUCACUAUUGAUUAG